CCACAUCCACAUCCACAUCCACCACAUCCAACAUCAUCCUCACCGGGCAAAUCGAUCGCUGUGCGCUUUCUGCUCGACUAGUUACCACCACUACCAACCACAGUGGCUCGUUCUUAUUAUUUGUCUUCAUAUUUUCACAUCCUUACAAUCCUCACAUCCUUACAAUCCUCACAACUCUCCAUAUUCCUCUCCUCUCCUCUCCAUCCUCCUCCCGCCCUUCUCUCCGCCGCGACCCUCUGUGCGCGCGCGUCACCCCACCCCCCGGAGCCUGUGUCUAGGGCCUCUCAUAUGCCGCCGCCAUUGACAACCCUGGCUUUGGCGUCAAAUCCGACCACGUUCCCGCCAAAGGGGGAAAAAAAUACUGCGCUAGUCGAACCCUUUUCUUUGCGUGAGAAUAAUAGGGGCUUACCAGUCGCCCGUCAUCCUGUCUUCACUCCAUCCUCCCUUUUUAUUUUAUAUUUUUUUUUGUAAUAUCAUCUCCAUCCAUUUAAUUCCUUUAAUCAAUUCAAUCCCACCCCCGGUAUCUCGCUCUGUCAGGGACAGACUCACCACAAGAACGCAAAGAUACACCGAUAUCGAAUAACGAACCCUCGAAUUGAAAAUCCCCCCAUUUAGAUUUCAAACUUACGGCUAAGAAAACAAAUAAAUCAAUAAUACCUCCUCUGGCACGCCCCCUUCGAAUUGGCUCCCAUGAUCACAUUCUUCUUACUGGCCUGACGACUCUGGUAGUUAAUUUUGGUGGACCAAGAACUUGGGGGGUGGCUUGUUGGCCUUGUUUUUCUUUUCCCUUCUCCGUUAUUUUCCUUUCUUUUUCUUCCUUGCCGUCGAAGGAGAGAGCGCGAGAGAGAAAGUCAGAAAGAGAGACAGAGACAGAGAAAGACCGGCCCCAUAACUAUUCCGACGUCGAUAUAGCGGUUUCUCCACCAUGGCCAAUUCUCCUCCUGCCUCUCCUAUUCCCACCGUUCAGCCGCGUCCCAUGAGCGCAAUGAUUCGACCUCCACGAAGCAACAGUCGCAUGAGUAUGAGCAGCAAACAAGGCGGUAGCAGAGCGUCAGAUGAGGAUACAAAGACUGCCGUGAAAGUCGCUGUUCGCGUUCGCCCGCCAUUGAGGUCGACCGAUCCUGGGUACGAAUUAAUUCCUCAGCGCUUUCAACGGUCAACAGUUCAUGUCACGUCACCAACCAGCGUUGCCGUCGAUGCUCCGCAAGGUCGCAAGCUGUUUGUAUUCGAUAGAGUGUUUGCGGAGACAGUUGAUCAGGAAGGCAUCUGGGAGUACCUGCAGGAUAGCGUCAACUCCUUCAUCCAGGGUUACAAUGUUUCGAUUCUUGCAUAUGGCCAGUCUGGUGCUGGAAAAUCUUACACUAUGGGCACAUCUGGCCCAGCGGAGCAGAACGACCAGAGGGCUAUGGGAAUUAUUCCCCGUGCCGCCCAACUUCUCUUCGAAAAAUUGACGGGAGCCACACACAAUCGCACCGGCUCAACCGGCUUACGAACCCCAACACGAUAUUCCGUCAAUUCAUCAUUGCCCAAUUUAGGCAGGGGUUUGGAAAAAAGCUGGCAGAUGAAAGCCACUUAUGUAGAGAUUUAUAAUGAACAACUAAGGGACCUCCUGCUCCCUGAAAACACGCCCUUUGGAGAACGAGGUUCCGUUACGAUCCGCGAAGACACAAAGGGACGUAUCCUACUCACGGGCCUACACCAGGUCAAUAUCAACUCGUUCGAAGACCUCAUCGGAGCUCUGAAUUUUGGCUCCUCUAUCCGACAAACAGAUGCCACUGCGAUCAACGCAAAAUCCUCCCGCUCGCAUGCCGUCUUCUCCUUGAACCUUGUCCAGCGCAAGGACCAGACGUCGAAUAUGUCGACCCGUGAGAAGCGAUUGUCGAUGCCUGUCGAAGCUCUUUCUGGCUCCGACAUGUCAAUUACCGUGGAUAGCAAAUUGCAUUUUGUUGACCUUGCUGGUAGCGAACGUCUGAAGAAUACUGGUGCAUCUGGGGAACGGGCCAAGGAGGGCAUAUCAAUUAACGCUGGUCUUGCUAGUUUAGGCAAGGUCAUUUCACAACUUUCAUCCAGACAGGCGGGCGCUCACGUCUCAUAUCGCGAUUCCAAGCUCACUCGACUGCUUCAAGAUUCCCUCGGUGGCAAUGCAAUUACUUAUAUGAUUGCUUGCGUUACACCCGCUGAGUUCCACCUGAGUGAAACCCUCAACACCGUGCAGUACGCCCAACGGGCUAGAGCCAUUCAAAGCAAACCUCGCAUCCAGCAAGUGACGGAUGAAAGCGAUAAACAAGCCGUCAUUGACCGACUAAAAGCAGAAGUGGCGUUUUUACGCCAGCAAAUCAACAACUCCGAAGGUGGGGAUAGGAGGAGCAACGUACCGCAAGAACGCGCAGAACGGCAAAAUGAACGAGAAAUCGAACUCCAGAACCACCUGUUGGAUGUGCAAGAAAGUUAUACCGCUCUCAGCCAACGACAUGCCAAGCUCAUCUCGGAACUGACCAAGGCUACUGAUUUCAGCGGGGAUACUGAUGACCUACAAAGCCUGCUUGGUGAUAGUGCGAUGGAAAGGCUGAAGCGCUCCCAUUCCUUCGCAGAGUCUGUCGAGCAGGUUGUAUUGGAAUAUGAAAAAACGAUUCAAAGCCUCGAAUCAUCUUUAUCCAACACUCGCUCCUCGCUGUCUAACACUGAGAGUAGCCUUCUGGAAAAGGAGACCAAGUGUGCCUAUAUCGAGACCGUCAAUGCGCAGCUACAGGCCCGUAUUCAGAAAAUGAUGGAUCGCGAAGCAAAUACGGAACAUUACCUACACGAGCUUGAGUCCAAGCUUGAUGGCCACACCACUGGGGAAGAGAAGAACGCUGCUAUUAUCGCCGAGUUACGCAAAGAAAUCGCUCGCGCGCGUGAAAACGAAGCCAGCUGCGAAGACUAUAUAUCAACCCUGGAGGAACGGCUAGCGGAGGCUGAUCAGGACAUGGAGCUGAUGCAGCGUGAGAUGGAUAGGUUAGAGCACGUUAUUGAUCGCCAGCGUAGCCUUGGUAAACUCGAUACUCUAUUGUACGAGCUCGACCAUAUCCAACAAAACAGCGCUAAGUCGGAUGAUGACAAGCGGGAAAUUUACAAUCCCGCACAUUCCCACACCGCUCCUGUCGCAAGUAGGGAACCCCUGAAGCCCCGCAAGCGGGGUCUAUCUCAAUCUCUCGAUGUACUGAUGGAAGCUGUUGAAACUGCCAUUCCCGAGUCCGAUGAUGAUCUCGGGGAGACGCUUCCAGAGGCUGGUUCAGCUCCUUCUGAACAGGAAGAGGUGGAAGCCCGUGCUGAUGACAAUUCCGGCCUGGAAGCCCUGCAAAAGGCCUCUGGGGAAAAGAGUGAUCGUAAUCUCACCACAGACUACGAUUACCCCCCUCAGAGCCCUGCUCAAUCCCGGUUUGUUGCGGAGAAGCUGGAGGACGUGACGCAAGAACUGUUUGAACUUCGAAUCCAGCACGAGACCACCACCAACGAGUACGAUCUUCUUCACGCCAAAUAUGAAGAAGCCCUCCGCACUCUUGCCGAGCUUCAGGAUGUGGUUGACGAAGCCCGCCACCCCCCUAAUGUGGUGGCUGCUUCAACCCCGAUGACAAGUUCUCGGCCGGUAUCUUUUUUAGAAGAUUCGAGAGUCCAGGAGCUCAGGGCGGGCGGACAGCCUUCAUCCUCACGAUUGCUCUCCUCGGAGCUAUACUUGGCCGAGCAGUCGUCUAUUUCACAGGAGCCUUCGGAGAGCGGACGCAAGGGCAAUUCCGACCUACCAGAUGCCUUCGAGAAGGAUGAGCCUAAUGGUAGUGACCUGGAAAAUAUGCACAAGCUGCUGCAAGAACACCAGUACGGCAUGAGCUUGGUGACACAGAAGUAUGCCCAGCUGCAAUCAGAGCAUGAAGAGACCCUGAAUCUGGUCGAGGACCUGAAACAAGAGCUGCAGCGAACAAAGUCUUCCUCACCCUCUUCUCCGUCGCCCAAGGCCCAAGUCAUCCGACGCAUGACCAGCCAGAACAUGACUACCGUCGACCGCGCACAUCGAUCUCUCGCUUCCCUGAGAAAUAUCGCUAUCGAAGAAUUCGAAGACAGACCCGAUACGAUGCAGAAUUUCGAAGUUAGCCUUAACACUGCCAUGCACGAGCUGCACAGCCGCAUGGAGCGUAUUCAAGCUCUUGAGGCUGAGAAUAAAAAUGUCAAAAAAGAGAUGGAGACCAAGGCGACUAUCAUUUCUGGUCUGACGAGGGAACGGUCGAGUCUCUCCGGCUCGUCGCCGAUGGAUAUCUCUAUGGUCUCGCAGAUGAGGGAUCAGAUCCUGCAGUAUGAGAACCAGAUCAAGGAGAUGCAAGAAGCGCAUGACACCCGUGAGAAGGAGCUGACCGCUGAAGUUCAGAGUUUGAAUGAGCUGUUGGAGACACAGAGGGCUCUAGUGAUUGAAAAGGAUGAGAAGGCCAAUGCUCAGGAUCAGAAGAUUGUGCAGCUGGACGAAGCAAAUUUCGAACUCGAAGUCAAGCACCAGGGCGCCGUCGAGUCCUUAAAAUCAUCCGAGAACAAACUUCAGGCCACCCUUGUUGAAUUGCAAGCUGCCUUGGCAGAGCGAGCUGAGUGGCAAAGCAAGCACCGUGCCGCUGCUGAAUCACUCCAGUCCUCCAAACAGCAGCUGCAAACCACCAUGGUCGAGCUAGAGGCUGCUCUCGCCAAUAUCGAUGCCCUGCGAAGUGAGCGCAACGAAGUUGAGGGAGCCAGUGCGGAAGAAGUAGCUGUCGCUGCAAAAAGCCUUGAAAAUGCGCGAGCUAAGCAUCAGGAGCUUGUGGGUAGUCUUAAGCAUAACAUUGAAGAGCAGAAAAGCACCAUAUCUACUCACUUGUCUACCAUUUCCGGUCUAGAAUCGUCGCUUGAGGCCGCCAAGGAACAGAUUUCUCAACAGGAAAACGAUAGCCGUUAUAGUAAUGAGGAACUAGAGUCUUACCGUGCUCGCGCUACAGCCCUAGAGCAAGAGAUAGAGUCCCACAAAUCUGCCGUUGAGGCGCAGAAGGCGGAGCUUGCGUCCCUGCAGGAAUUGCACAAGCAAGAACUAGAAGAGUUGGAGGUCAAGGUCAAGGCUGCUGCCGAGGCGCAAUAUGAAUCACAAAUGGCGGAGGAGAGCGCUCGCAACGAGCAGGCCAUUAACGCCUUGCGAGCGGAAAUAUCCGCCUCCAAGAACGAAUUGACGAAAUUGUUGUCUGGUGUCACUGCAGCUUUGAAUACUCCUGUUACCGCCAACAGUCUCCAGGAGCAGAUUGACGACAUUCUUUCUCAGAAACAGCAGUUCGCUGAUAAGUACUCUGCACUGUUCGAUACCAAUGAAGAACUCGUGAAGGAACUAGAUGCGAAGAAUAGCAGCCAUGCCAAGCUCGAGAGGCAAUUCGCCGACCUAACAGAGAAGUCUAGUCGACAUGAAGCCAAGAUGACAGAACUUGCUCAUCUAGUCGCUAGCCAUGAGGACGCCCUCAAAGAGAAAGAGGAUCUCAUCAAGAAGAAGGAUGCAAUCAUCAAUGAGAUCACCAUUGAGAAGCAGAAGAGCGUCCGUCUCGUGGAGGAGCUGGAGGAGCAGAUUACCAAUACCUUCGACCAACAUCAUAACCGACUCUCCGUGAUUCAGCAGGAGAGGCACCAGGCGCUUGAUGAGGCGAACCUCAAGAUUGGGAAUUUGGAGAAAGAGAUUGAGAGCUAUCGAGCUCGUAUUGAGCAAUUGGAGGGACAAAUGCGGAAUGGUGAUGUACCGACAUCGAUCGAUCGCAGCAGCUCUAUGACAUCCAAUCUCAGAAAGAGCGCCUCGGCAGCAUCGCUGCCGUCGCCUCCACCCGCCAUCCCCCUCCCUCCUCUUCCCAACAUCGCCGCACAGACCGGAAGUAUAUCCCCACCCAGCUCACGACAUACCAGUAAAGAGCUCGUCAACGCCCAACUUGUCGAGGACCAGGAAGCACGCAUCCGCACGAUCGAGAAACACCUACACGCUGAGAAACAACUAACAGCCACUCUCGAGGAAGCCCUGGGCGAUCUCGAGGCGCAGAGCAACAAAGUGAAGACGGAAAUGGAGGCGUGGAAGAAGAAGGCGUGGCAGUAUGAGGACGAGCUAACGCAGCUGCGGUCUGAGCGGAAUUCGACGAGACUGUCGAUCCAGGCUGUGGAGGAGGAGCGGAAUGCGCGGCGGGAGGCGGAGGCUGCGCGGGCGCAUUUGGAGGAGAAGAUGAAUGCUAUUAGUAAGAAGAAGAAGAAGAGUACGCUCAAUUGUUUUUAGGCAGGAUGUGUCUCCCCUUUUUGUGUGUUUGGUUGUUUUUCGUGUUUUCUUUCCGCCUUUGGUUUCCUUUUCAUUUCCCUUGGAUAUAUACUAUUUCCAUGCGCGUGCUUGUGUUUUUGUGUUUUCUGUUAAAAACUAAAUUGACGAUAUGCUCCUUAUUAUUCCCCCUAACACCCCCCAACGCCCCUCAUACCCAUACCUAAUAUUCUAACUACUAGGUUUCUUUUCCGUUUCUUUUCUUCUUCUUUCUUUUUUUUUUCGUCCUUUCUUUAUUCCCUUAUUUCCCUUCUUGACGAUGUCAUUUAUGACCCAGAUAUAUUCUUUUUUCUUCUCUCGUUCUCGUUCGCUCCCCUUCCAACGCUCUUCUUUCAUUAUUGAGCUGUUGAAUGUUGAUUAUAUAUCCCCUCCCCGUACAUGUUGCUGCCUUUUUGCUUUUGUUUUCCUCUUUGUAUUCUUUAUCCAUUUCCUUUUGGUAUUUUUUUAUGUUUUUGUUAUACUAUCCCUAACCCUUUUUCUUCACCCUUUUUACCUUCCUCCCUUCCUACUUCUUGAUAUCACUCCACCCCACUCGAAACCUAAAGAUGGGAUAGAUACAUUAUUUACCAUCAACUUUUUGCCUGAUGCAUUCUUCAUUCGAACUUCAGACUUGUUCUUUCACUCUUCCACCAGCAAGCAUGCCACUCAUAUAAUUAAUUGAGUGGGUACUCUGCUGUCAUCCUUGUUUAAAAACUCAAUUUUCUUAUCAUACCCCCGGCUUCUAACCUGUACACAUCGGCUUUUCCUAUUUCUAUUAUGUGCCUGUGUAGUUUACUUCUCUUCGCUUCUGUUAGUUAACCUAUUAUGCACGUCUUAUAUAACAUUCUAUUUCCCUAUAGUUAAUUUGAUUUGUUGAUACCUCCUUAAAAUUUAUUUUGUAGUCUGCAGACACUAAAAUCACAUGACAAAAAAAUAAGGUGCUAUGACCACCAGAUCAA